ACGUUGAAUCUUCACCGUCACUCACUCGCUGCCCAGUAUGCAUAGUUGUGACAAUGUGGUCAAGAGCUUUCCUCAACUGCGUAGUGAGUACCUUUGUACAGAGCUUAUCGGCCUAUACUGUUCAACUGAUUCAGCCAGAAAGUCCAUGAAAGUCCUAAUGGAUUCUGGAAUGCUCUGGAUUGAAGAUAACCGAGUCAAAGAAGGUCCUCAUGGAAUCUGGAAUACUCUGGAUUGAGAAUAAUCCCGAGUACAGUGCCAUGAUCUCCACCACGAUACAUUAUGGACCCGUCAAAAAUUGCUUAAUGUUUGUACUACUGCUGAGGAAGGUGAUCGGUGACAAGGAGGACGACAAGAGAUGGUGAUACCGAUGAUGAGAUCUGGACUUCAAGCAUCCCUUCGGAGAGGCGCACGAACAGCUUCUUCCAAGAGGAGUUUCGCUUCCUCUGCUCAACACGAUGAUGCCUAUGAAGCGGAAAAAUGGGAAAAGAUAACUUAUGUUGGCGUAGCAGUGUGCACAAUUUUGGCUAUUUACAACUUAUCGAAGCGUCAUCCACACUAUGAAGAGCCUCCUCCAUACCCAUAUUUGCACAUCCGUAACAAGGAGUUUCCAUGGGGUGAUCAUAGCCUUUUUGAGAAGAAACAUAAAGACCAUUGAUGGGCAGUCCCUGAAGAUAUCACUUUAAACAUUAAAAUAUGGAUUAUCCAAUAUUAAUCACCGCUGGCACCUUUGAUUAGUCUACUGGGAUGCUGGUUGGGCUUUGGUAAUAUUGUUAAUCGUCAUUUUGUUUUGGCAUAUUUGGGCUUUAGGUUUCAGGAUGUCUUCAAGAAGUAAAGGCAAGGGGAAUUAACAGGGAUUGCAAGGGGCAGUGAAGAUGUGAUGCACAGAAUUAUUAGCUUGGACAGGAUUUCUGGAUUUCAUUUUAUGGUUUGAUAAGAACAGGUCAUGUUGGUCUUGGGAGUUUUUCCCUUUGCUGUUGUAUUUAUUUAAUACUUUGGGUGGUAUGUAAAUAUUUUAAAACAGGAUAUGUUACUUGUCUCUAUAGCACGUAGGUUGGCCAGUAAGGCCUGUGCUACUAGGUUUAUGGGUUGUCUUAGUCGAUGUACUUUCUGUUCUUUAUCUUAAUGUUAUUUGGAAGCGUUGGCAAUGCAUUUUGGCUUCGAAA